CACUGUAGCAUUGAACCAGCAAUUUUAUAACGAGUGCUGGCAAAGGGGAGACAGGCCGUGGAAGUACCGGUACGCCACCACGAAGGAAAUCAUGGAGCAAACAUUGGGCGACAUUAGAUACUAAUAAUGUGGUGAAUAUCAAUGCCAAAAUUCCGGGUAUGCAUACUUACCAACCCCGUGUUAUGUGUACUUACUAGUACCGAACGACCGCAUGGCGUUUUGCUGUUAAAGCGCUCCUUGCUGGCAACUAACGUCAUAAACUUUCCUGCUGAACUACAGACAUUAUAUGGGCUCCAAAAACGUCGUGGCGUUCGUUCUAAAAACAACUUCUCCAAGUUGGUGGGGUUCUGCAUGAUAAGAUCACUAGACAAACGAGUAACGUGGAAAAUAAUAUUACUUACAUAUACUUAUACACGUUGCCCUUUGAUCCUGCAAAAUCGUGCCAAAUUUCAUUAUGCUGUAAACUUGCAGUCACUGUCACUGCCUCUGUCCUCGAGGCUUCAAUGCACAAGGAUUCGGCACUAUCCCCUCCAGGUAAUGUAGAACCUUCCUCUUGACCAGCAAGAUGUCUUCUCGACCAUACUUCGAGACUGUCAAAGUACUAUCACUCACCUCGCCGCAUUUCGCAGACUAACUCGCAUAGUCAUUUGUAGACGUUCCAAUCACCGUUAAUGGUGUGGAAACCUCGG